AUGUCUGAUUCUGCAAAAUCAACUCCAAUUAACGACGAAACCACUCGAUCUCAGCCUGCCUUGGGUAUGGAUUCUCUUGUCAUCAAUGCCAUCCCACUUUCAAGUAUACCACCUAUUAGUCCUGCUAAAAAGGUGAAGAAAGCAUCGAAGAAGGAAAAGCCAUCGCAAGUGAGCCUUAACUCUUCAUCUCCCUCUGCUUCAAUCAAGAAAACGAAGAAGAAAAGCAAGAAAUCGAGAACUGAAUCGAGGAGGACUUUUACAAUGUCUGAACUACAUGUUGAUCCAUUGCCAUCGAGUGAUGUUGGUGCUCCUGUCGUUAAUCCUGCAGAGGAUAAUGUUAUCGCAUCUGGUAAGAAUUCUCUUAAUCUAGGCCUUGAUGUUCCCAAUUCUGUUGAAACCCUAGAUGUAGAGAACCCUACUGUGUCUGAAAAUUUGGGAAAAAGUCUUCCUAACUCCCCUAUUACUGUCGAUGCUAAUAUUGGUGCUUCUACUGAGACCAAUGAUGAUGUUGCUGCUGAGUCUCUCAAGAAAACAGGUCUUAAGACUCAUGUUGCGUCAAGUGUUGCAACACCUGGCGCCGAGCCAAAUGUUGUGCCAGAUUCUGCUGAUAAAGAGAUUGCUGCUGAUAAGAAUGUUAAUGAAAAUCCUGAAGUUAUAAUUGUCAAUGAAACAACUGUUAAUGAUAAGAGAUUAGCUCUAGAAAGGAAUCUAAAAGAUGAUAUCCUUCAAUGCCAAAGUGUUGUUGAAGCUAUUGAGUAUGCAGCAAGUCCUGAAUAUAGGCAAGUAUUUGUUCGUGGGAAAUGUGUUAAAUUCUCACCAAUUGUGAUCAACCAACAUCUGCUAAGAAGUUUUGAUGAGGUGGCAGCUCUAAAAGUUACAGACAAUGAGAUAUUUUGA